GACGGCCGACAGUGGUGCAGUUUCACGUGACAGUUAUGAGUCUGGACUCCAUUGAUGAAGAAUCAAUGACAUACGCUGCGGAUAUUUUCUUCGCACAAAGCUGGAAGGAUCACCGAUUGAAGCUUCCCGAAAACAUGACGUCAAAAUAUCGGCUGCUGGAGGUGGACUGGCUCAAGCGUAUGUGGCGCCCAGACUGCGUCUUCAAGAACGCCAAGCAGGUCACAUUCCAGACAAUGACGGUGCCCAACCACUACAUAUGGCUUUACCAGGACAAGACCAUCUUCUACAUGGUCAAGUUGACACUGACCUUGUCCUGCGCCAUGAACUUCGCUUCGUAUCCUCACGAUACGCAAAUAUGCUCGAUGCAGAUGGAAAGCUUAUCCCACACGACAGACGAUCUCGUGUUCCAGUGGAACGAUGCGGACCCUCUGGUGGUACACAAAGAUUUCGAGUUACCACAGCUUGACCUCGAAAAGACGGAUCUUCAAGACUGCACGGAGCUGUACUCCACGGGCAACUUCACCUGCCUCCAACUGACCUUCACACUCAAACGUCGACUGGGCUACUACAUGUUCCACACGUACAUUCCCACCUGCCUCAUUGUCAUCAUGUCCUGGGUGUCCUUCUGGAUCAAGCCCGAGGCCGUGCCUGCCAGAGUGACGCUGGGCGUCACAAGUCUGCUCACACUGUGCACCCAACACGCCAAGAGCCAGGCGUCGCUGCCGCCUGUGUCCUACAUCAAGGCCAUCGACAUCUUCAUGUCCUCCUGCACCGUGUUCGUUUUCGCGUCCCUGAUGGAGUACGCCGUGGUGAACAUCAUCCUCGAAGAUGGCGACAAGGUCGAAGACAAGUGCGAAAGGUUACACUCGACCAACUCCCUGGGCAGCGAAGAUCGCACUCGGAAACAGCAAGGUCGUUUAAGAGCGCUGCUCAUUGACAAGAUUUCAAGGAUCGUCUUUCCAACUAGCUUCAUUGUUCUCAACACUUUCUACUGGGUCUUUUAUGUUUUAUGCGCGUGA